CUCGGUCGUUAGUAAGUCGAACUAAACGAUUUGGCCUGUAAAGGCAGCAAAGUGUAGUCGAUUCACGUGCGGACCAGUGCAUACCUUCAUCGCGGUCUCAGAGACCGCCCUGCUGCAGCCGCGGCGCCAGCCAGGGCGUCUCCGCGGCUGGAGCAGCGUAAGGACGCUCCGAGCUACUUUUGGCAGUGAGCGCGGCCCCACAGCGCACGGCGCUGCACGCCGAGAGCCCACCGCGCACCCACACACCCGUCCGGCCGGUCGGUCAAGGCCGUGACGUGCUUUCAAGCCAAACCGCGCGCCGCCGUUCAAACCCGACCCCCGCAGGCAGCGCCAUGGAGUCUCCCACCCCCCUCGCGAACCGCACGAACGCGGCGGACACGCCCGUCGACGCGAAGAACAUCCUCAAGACGCGCCUGCGACCGAAGCCGCCGACGGUCCUCAGCCCGCUCGCCAAGGACUUCGAGCCCGUGUGUGAUGCCGACGACGAUUCAUGUGACGAGGACUUUGUGUACGACGCGGCGAAGGAGGGCAAGCUCAAGGGCGCGAGCGAGCAGUGGACGCGCGGCAAGCGGCCGAACGGCAUCGAGGACGAGGCGGCCGUGAACGCGGUCCUCGACGCUAUUGAUGAUCUCCAGCGGCCGGAAGAGGUGGACGCCGACGAGAUGCUCGAGGACGCCUGUGGCGCCAUGAGCUGUGCGCCGGCGCCGCCCGAGGAACUCCAGGAGAUGGAGGCCCUCGAGGAUGCGGCCGACGAGAUCGAGUCGAUCGAGGAUCAAGCGGACGCGGAGCUGCUCGAAGACGCGUCGGCGGCGGUCGCCGCGCCGGGCGGGCCUUUUGAAGAUGUGGCCGUGGCGCCGCCGGCGCCUCCCUCGCCGCCCCGUACGAGGUACCCGCUGCUCACGCGCUUCAUGGAGUGCAUCGGCUCCCGCAUGUGAGCGCUCCCUAUUACUAAUAUAGUUUAACAAUA